GUUCAAACAGCGCCAGUUCGAGCAGCACCAGCUCGAGCAGCGCCAGCUCAUCGACGUCGAGCAAUGGGUCCAGAUCUGCUUCGUUGCCGACGGCAAGGUUACGGUACCCAAUGAUUACAGGGGCAAGAGUGAGCAAGAAGCGGAAGCGAUGGGAUCCAUUUACGCGGCGGACGGUGGCCUCGGUGACGCGCAAGAUGCCGCGGACGCCGAGCAGGUAUGCAGCGCCGCUGAUGGCGCUCAUCAAGGUUGGCAUGCAAGUUCUUCGUCGCGGCGAGCUUGUGGCAGCGCUGCAAAUUCUGCUGCAGGUGAUCUCCUACAUUGCGUACAUCCGGUUUUUUGCCGGCCCACAAGUCUCGCUGCUGAUGGCGGUGGGCGACGCUUACGCAAUGCUGAGCACGACGCUCGACACACUGACAACAGCAGCCAUGGCGCUGCCUGCUGGCCAUGCGUCGCGGGCGCACGUGCGUGCGAUCAUAGUGGCAAUCCUCAAGGCACUGGCGGUCAUUCUUCACACGGUGUGGUAUCCGCGGCUGCCGCUCGGGAUCACCGGACGAUGUGUUGCGACGAUUCUCGCACUUGACGGUGACCCCCAGGACGCGGUCGACGUGCUGCAGGACUUUCUUGCUAUCCGCAUUUACCAGCAGCAGCCAAUGAUGCUCGGCGCUUAUGCGAUGGCGACGCUUGCGGCGGUCAAACACAAGAUGCGGCGCGGACCGGCAACGACCGGCGACGACGUUAUCGACAACGAGAACUUCCAGGCCCAUGUCGAUGACCUCAAUCGGGCGUGCACCAUGCUCGAAAAGUGCCACGAGGUCGAUCCGCACAACGCCACAUGGGUGAGCCUCCACCUGGAGGUUCUGGCUACCAAAGGAGACAUCGCCGGCAUGAUGAAGAUUGCGCUACGCGAGGCCGACACCACGAGUGCGCCACCGGCGAUGCUGCUACCGAUGUGGAUCAUUGCGCUCGAGUUGAUUGAGAUGUAUCCGCGGCACGUGCAAAAGUCGGUUCGCAAGACGCUGCCGAUCCGGCGGCUCAAGUACGCACUCUGCAUCCUCGCGCUGGACCGGACCAACGUCCGCGCGCUGGCAACUCUUCUCGACGCCGGGGCCACUGCCGAUGCACUCGCGCCAGCGAUGCGUUCUCUUCCGGACGGCAUCCCGCGGCAGCAGCCAGUCAAUGCGGUGCUGAUGUUCAUCGAAGAGUCUCGCGGAGUAACCCCACAGGCGUGGACCGUGCUCGACCGAGUCCUCAACGCGGGGCUCCCCGUGACCGACAACAUGGAGAUGGCAAUCAAGUUCAUUGCAUCGUCGCGGCCGAGGAUUCUGCUGUGGACCACCAUUAUUCGCGAAGGGCUGCAAGACGAUGACAACGAGGCGUGCAAGGUGGUGUGUGGCAAGCUGCGUGCAACCAUGAUGCGAUCACCCUCGUUCAAUCUGGCACUCGACGAGCUCAACAUCAACGCGCUUGACUGGUAAAAACGAACCGUUGCUGCUC